AUGACACGUGGAGGUGUAGAUGGGUUUCCCCAGAGGACGAGCACAGAGGAUACUAAUGGUGAGAGUGAGUACGUGGCGGCUAUUGAUUGGAGGACGGGAAUUCGGGUUUCGGAGAAACCGUUUAUGAGUACUGUGAUUUUGUUGGGUUGGAGGUUUUGUGGGUCCCGGUUUUUUGUGGGACCGCAGUGGUUGUUUGAGUCUGAUGAUGUUGAUGUUGAUGCGAAGUGGAAUAAUAGAACAGCGAGGAUUAAGGUUGUUGUUGGUGAAGUCAUUGCGGUGGUUUACGGUGGGUUUGAUGAUUUUGAGGUUGUUGAGUUUUUUAUUGUGAAUAAUGGGAGUUUGCUUGUUUUUGUAGUGAUUGUGCUACAUGGUCACAUGGUAAUGAAUGGGUUUGGUGUUGAAGCACGUGGGAACCGAGUUUUGAAGUUGGGAUUUUUGGCAGUAUUGUGGAAAAAAAUGGAUGAAUUAUAA